AGUCGUCGUCCGUGCUUCGCCUCGUCGUCGGCUGCCCCAAGGAAUCGUGCAGUUGGAUAGGUUCGUGCUCGUUGCACAAUUCGCCAGCGAUGGCGAACUUAAACUUUUCGGAAUGCGUUAAGGAUCAGUUUUGCGCGAAUUACGGUCAUGAAAGGUUGCUAACGACGAAGUGCCGGCAUCCGAAACGAACAUUUUCCCAGUAAUACUUCCCAGAGUCUUCCACCGGUGCGUGUGUGUACGGUCCGCGAUUGAUUUGUACUUGAGUGCUUGAACAAGCAAUGUAAACAUAUCGUCUAUACAAACUGACCUACGAUAUGAAAUCCGAGGUCGUAACUGUAGUAGAUCUCCAAAAAAAAUAUUCCAGGCCUUGGACACUAUUAAUAUAGAAUAAGUAACCUAAUCAUUUUUUACGGAAUAUACCCCAAUGUCGUUAGUUAAGACGUUCACAAAAUAAAGGAUUCCGUUAAUUGCUAGUCUUGGUCUUCGCACCACUUUCAGUUAGUAAUAUCAGUUAGAAUUGCAUAUUGUAUUUAGAUUAAUUCAACAAAUUGGGUAUAAGCUUAAGGCAAAUUAACCAUGCAUACUUCCCAAAAUCGCUCUCUUGAACUAUAAAUGGUUGUGAAAUAUAGAAUGUUUGAAUAGGACCUUGAGUUAAACAUCGUAGUUGACUAUUAUUACCAGUGCUUCUCCAAAACUUUCUUAAUUAAGAUUAGUAUAAUACGUCUAUAAAUUAAAUGAUACAAUAAAAAUUAUGCAAUAAAAUAAAAGAAAAGUGCGGUACACAAACAAACAAAUUUAAUUAUAAGUGCUGGAAAAUGUGAAAAAAACUAAAACAUAACUAAAAGCGUUCGAGUCUAUAGGUAAAAAACUGUUAAAUGUUCUCCUUACUGGCUUCGAUGUAUUAAACCUGGCCUUAUUUUUCUCAUCUAUGCGCAACUAAUUUGCAAUGAUGAGUUAUCAGAAAGGUCUCAAGGAUCCAAACUUGGAUAGGCACAACAGCAAAGCCAAGUCCCGGCAUUUCACGGUCAACGGUCUCCUGAAUGCCAAUAACACGCUCCAGCAGCAGCAGAACCAAUACAACCUGCAGCCAUCGAAUGACAGUCGCAACAUCUACAACAAUCCCUAUAUUCCGCCGCAGCAGCAGCAACAACAGCAGCAACAGCUGCAGCAGCAGACGCAGCAGCGCACCGCCCACCUGUUCAAGGCCCUAGCUGCCUCCGCUGGCGGCACCAACGUCCUGACCCAUCCCUACGACUUCUCCAACUCAUCGUCCUCUCCCAACGCCAACAAUGAGCACCAGGGAUCAUCCUCGUCGGAAGCGGACAACGCCUUCCUAACUCAUAAUAACGGUGAGUUCAACCGAUAGAUAUUCGUUCAAUAACUCCUGAAGAGGGUAAAGUAUUUUUAGUCAAUAUUAAUUGUAAGUUGUUUAUGCAGCAUUUGCUGGUUUUCAUUUACGUUUGCACACUUGUCCUUUAUUUUUGAACAUGCUAAGGCGGAGCUAAUUCAACAAAUAUAGUGCCCAAGAAAAGUGACCUUCGGUCUGUUCAUCCAAGAAUAUAUCAUAUCCGUAGUGUUGUCCACAAUAGACCUUAGUUUUCGACGUGUUUUGGUGUGCUGGGGAGUUAUAUUCCGAUUGAAACCGUCCAAAACUGAGGCCAACUGUGAGGCGUGAGCAACUAUCCAAACAGCGAUACCAACGAGCGCGUCCUUUUCAAUUCAUUUUAUUUGCAGUCCACACAAAACACGUUUGAUUUGAUACUGUUUGACUUUGGUUUUGGAUAUUGUGUAUUCUUAUUUGCCAUGUAAUUUGGUAUUUGUUUGAUUCGUCACGAAGGCCAAGCGUAUUUAUCUUUACUAAUAUUCCACCACAACAAGCAAACAAAUGAAACACGGUAUAAAAGACGAAUUCGAAUACGAGCUCAGUAUCCUAUUCGAUAUACUUAACUCAACAUAAAACCCAGAUUCAAGAGGAAAAAUUAUCAUUUCAUUUCUCAAAUAGAACACGUGACAUGGCAACAAAUACAGCGUCUCUUUUCGUUUAUUAUUGCUGAAA